UUGUUCUAUUUUAGUGUUCCAUUCCUUCCUUCCUGGAAAAGACCGACUGACCAGCAUUGGCAAGUGAGGAGCUGUACAUGUCUGCUGCAGUGCUCUGAAUGCGGUAAUUUCUAAGAAGAGUGCCCAAAAUUCUGAAGUGGUUUUCAGUUAACUGCCAGCCAAGAUCCAAAACCUGAAGAUCUCUCUCUGGCCAGUCCUGUAUUAAAAAGCUCCCAACCAGUGUGCAAUUAAAUGCAGUCCAACCUCUGUGUUUCCAAAUGGCUUGCUGUCUGAAGGAUGAGCUAUUGUGUUCCAUCUGCCUGAGCAUCUACCAGGACCCUGUCAGUUUUGGCUGUGAGCACUAUUUCUGCCGAAAGUGCAUCACAGAGCACUGGAGCAGACAGGAGCCCCAUGGCGCACGAGACUGUCCUGAGUGCAGGAGGACCUUCCCAGACCCUCUUCUCUCCCCGAGCCUCAAGCUGUCCAACAUCGUUGAGCGCUACUCUGCCUUUCCGCUGGACGCAAUCCUUAAUGCCCAGAGGAGCUCCUAUCCCUGCAAAGACCACGAGAAGGUCAAGCUGUUCUGCCUCAGCGACAAAAGCCUGGUGUGCUUCUUCUGUGAUGAGCCGGCCUUACACGAGCAGCACCAGGUCACCACUAUCGACGAGGCCUACGAGGAGAUACAGAGGGAGAUGAAGGAGCAGCUGGCCACCCUGCAGGACAGCGAGAAGGGACAUACUGAGGCCCUGAGGCUACUGCAGAGACAACUCACUGAGACCAAGUCGUCGGCCAAGGGCCUUCGUGCCACCAUCGGCGAGGCAUUCGAGCGCCUGCAGCGGUUCUUGCGGGAACGCCAGAAGGCCAUGCUGGAAGAGCUGGAGACAGACACAGCGCGCACACUCACCGAUAUCGAGCACAAGAUCCAGCGUUUCAGCCAGCAGCUGCGUGACGUCAAGGAGGGCAUCUGCAUCCUGCAGGAGCGCCUCAACGAGACCGGACGUCAUGACUUCCUGGAGGGCGUGGCCCUCACCUCCGAGAGGUGCUCUGCUUACUGUCUGACUGACCUUGGAUCAGCUCUUCUUCCAAACAGCCGCAGUCCUAAACUUUUGAUUAAAGGAAAGAUUCAUGAGACCAGUCUAACGUAUGAAGAUUUCCCGACGUCCAAGUACAUGGGGCCACUGCAGUACACAAUAUGGAAGUCUCUGUUUCAGGACAUUUCCCCAGUGCCGGCGGCUUUGACCUUAGACCCCAUCACUGCUCACCAGAGGCUAAUCCUGUCUGACGACUGCACCAUCGUUGCCUACGGCAACUUGCACCCACAACCGCUGCAGGACUCGCCGCGGCGCUUCGACGUGGAGGUGUCUGUGCUGGGCGCCGAGGGCUUCGGCUCGGGCGUCCACUACUGGGAGGUGAUGGUGUCCGAGAAGACCCAGUGGAUGAUCGGCGUGGCCAACGAGACGGUCAGCCGCAAGGGAAGCAUCCAGAUCCAGCCGAGCCGUGGCUUCUACUGCAUCGUCAUGCACGACGGCAACCAGUACAGCGCCUGCACCGAGCCCUGGACCCGGCUCAAUGUCAAGAGCAAGCUGGAGAAGGUGGGCGUGUACCUGGACUACCCCAAGGGCCUGCUAGUGUUCUACAACGCCGACGACAUGUCCUGGCUGUACACAUACCGGGAGAAGGCAUUCCCGGCCAAGCUCUACCCCUACUUCAGCCCCGGGCAGAGCCACGCCAAUGGCAAGAACGUCCAGCCGCUGAGGAUCAACACCGUGCGCCUAUAGGAGGCCAGUGACUCUAUGGAUCAGUCAUGUCAACCUUGGCGCGGGGGAUUGGGUUAUAAAGAUAAAGAUAUAGCUGCAGUCCUAAAGACUACUAGUUUUGCGGUGAAUACGAGAACAACAAAAAAAAGAGAAAAAAGAAAAUAAAUGCAUGGCAUCUGACCAUGAACUGUUCUUUGUUUCUGCCCGGUAUUGAGGCAGUUUACGUAUCGCUGUCGUUCCCGCCUGUCGGUGUGACUCCUCCACUCUUUUCACCUGGUAGAAACACUUGGGACGAUGCAUUGUGGUUUUGACUGAAACCCUGUUUCUUUUCCUCUACUGGUGUAAUGCAACCCCCACCCCAGACUAUUCCGGACUCUAUCCAUUCUGUUCGGAUCAGUUGUUCAGCCACCUUCGUAUCGUAGUGGGGUUCCUGUGUGUCGUGACUCUACCGGGGCCCGCCUUGCACUGACCAAAGGGCUCUGUUCUGAGGCUCAAGCCCGACGGAACCGUCUCAGCCAUUUGUCACUGGUCACCAUCACUUCCUUUGUGCAGUUGGCCUAGCUGUGUUUUGUAGGAUGUGUGAUGUCCGCUCCUUUCUUUAUUCUGCGCCAUUGGCAAAUGUGAGCCUGUGAGUAAAUGCCUCAUCCGUGCUCUUUCUGGGAACCUGUACCAUUUACUGAAAAACACGCUGUGUGUGUGUGUGUGUCCUGAGAAUGUCCCACUAUGUUAGUGGGAGAAUGUGGCGUGUUUGUAUGCAUCACAGACUUCCACCCUGACCUGUCUCCUGCCCCUUCCUGGGUUCUGCCGGUUCGUACCUCAUGCUGCCAUACCUCAGCUGUCUACCCAGGCUUACUGAUCCACUUUAUUACAUACAUUCCUGUCUCCAUCUCCCCGCCCCCUGCUUCCCAUCGUAGGUGUCGGUGGUCAAUCAGAAUAAAUGAAUCUUGACACGCCAAAUUCCAGUUGGCCUACUGGGCAGAGACCGUUUCCAAGGGAAGCAGCAUGACGCUGCAAUUAAUGAGCUCUGGAAUGGUUUGAAUCAAUCGUUCUUUUUUUUCUUCUUCAGAUACGUUAGACGUGAAACACUAUGGACACCUACCCAUAGUUUCCCAGUCACAGAUUAAGCCUUGUACUGGACAAAAAAAUUCAAGCUUCAUGGAAAAUCUCCAUGGGAAUUUCAUUUAAGUCCUUAAUCUGUGUAUGGGAAACCGCCCCAAAAUGUUCUUUGUUUGAAUAAUAGCAGACAAUUUAAAUAGUUGAACAACUACAUCAUACUGCAGUGUGAGCCUUAUUACAGUAUAUUAUUACACCCCAACCUGGACCUGCUCUUGGUGUGUUGUUGGCAAUGUUGUAUUUAGUUCUGUAUGGCUGUAUCCACUGUCGCAGUGUGAAGGUGAACACUGAUAUGCAGCAUUCCCGAGGCUCCUUUGCUUCCUACUCCUCAAGAGCUCUUGUGAGCCCACUGGUUCUGUAGAUUCUGUAAUAGGAAUCUCUUGUCCCCAUCAGCCAAGUCCAGCUUGCCUAGGGUGAGUGGGUGGCUGUCUGUCUGUGUGUAAAGGACAGUUGGAAAUGUUAUGCCGGGGAUGGUUAAACUUGACGUAUCGUUUAAAAGAAUCUUGCACCACCCUCUUCAAAAUUCCGUGGUAUGAUACACCCAGUUGUACUGGAUAAUGUACACAGCCAAAUGAACAUUAAAAUAACCAAGUCCCAAAAUGAUCAUGACUGUAGUAACAUUGUGUUUGUGGAUGUGGAUUUUGACGUUAACACUUCAGCAUAGUGUUGUGGUAUUGUCAAUGCCACUCUGGGCCGAAAGGAUAAGGGUUCACCGACUACCACAGACAGGGCCGGCUCCAGGCAUGAGCGACAUAAGCGGUCGCUUAGGGCCCCUGACUGCUAGGGGAGAGGGGCCCCCAAAUGAAAUUUUGCUUAGUGCCCCCAAAAGGCUAGAGCCAGCACUGACCAUGGAUGAGCCACCGCUUAUCUCAUUACUCUACGAUCCGCGCUCGCUGCGGGAAAUCAUGAAGUUACAUAGUGUAAAUUGUUAUUGUACAGUAUAUUAAUGAUGUAAAAUACAUGCAACAUAUUUUCAGGUCUUUGUGCCAAUACUGCGUUACUGCAACAUGUAACUGCAUAUCAAUAACCGUGCUUCAAAAUGUUUACGUUUUUACCACCAGUCACGAGUGUACAAACCGAGAACGCAUCCACGCUUGAGAAUAGCUUUUUCUCACAUCCCCGAUUCAUCCCAAACAGAUGAGCUGUCUCAGCCUGACUUGUUUGACAAAUAUAAUAUUGAGCGUUCUUGUUGUUGACAUACAGUACUAAAUGCACAGUUCCUUCCAAUCAAGUGGCCAGAGCAAGUAAAGAAUGGCACACGUCGUCCACCUAACAGCAUUUGGAAUUGAUUUUAACCAAAAAGUGAAUGUUAUAAAAAAAUUUAAUAAAAAUCGAUGUGAGGCAAAAUCUGCACAUUGUUAAAAACAAAGAAUUUGGGGAAAGAAAUAUAUUAAAUUAUUUUAACAUUUCCCCAUAUGCUAUUAACAAGCAUUUUGUUCUUAGGUUCUGUUGUUGAAAACAUUUGUUUCACAAAAGAACAAUCCCAGGAAUAUUAAUAACCCUGGCUAGAUUCUGUUCUUUUUGCCCUUCUUUCAAAAUUUCUAACUGAUUUUAAUCUGUGGUCACAUAAAAUCCCUUAUGUUUCUUGUGCGCUUUGCCAAUGGUGUUUUCUCAAUGGAUGCAUCUGGAAACAUGCCCAUGUUGGAAUUGCUCUGCUUAUAAUCUAAAGAACUAGUUAAUCAGCCACAUGUUUCUGCCCUGGCAAUUUUGUGAUGUGAGAAUUGUGAUUAUGAGCUUGCCCCAUUGCAAUAAAUUGACUACAGUUGUCGGAUGUACAUCUUCAA